ACCAUGACACGAAUUACUUCUGCUUUCAAUAUAUCACAAGAUGGUGGAUUUUAUAUGUUCACAGCUUUCUAUGCGUGUAAAUGGAAGAUGCUCUUAUUUAUUCUCAUUAAUUCUUGAUAAUUGAUUUGAACUAGUACUCGUAAUCAUGUGCAAUUAAACUAUUUAUCAGCAAAUGUGAUGAAAUAUAGUUAUAGAUAAAAACUUGAAGCAUUUAUUCGCAACGUGUUAAUCUUUGUGGGGUAAUCUUUUGAAGUUUUAUCAGCGACGAGAGAGAUUUGAUUCAAUGUUCGGGUUGAACAUUACGUUUCUAAUAUCAUUGUUUAUUGUCGAAAGCUCUGUUCUUCGUUAAUACAUCUAUGUUGUUUAUAUAAAAUCUCGACAUAACUGCAACGUGAUCAGUGUAAUCGAACUUUAUCGAAGAAUAUUUGUUGAUACAAACGCACAGUUUCGUAAAAUCGCAGGUUAGCGAUUUUUUGGUACGUGGUUCUCGUGAUAUAUUGUACGCAAAAUGGAUUUCGGCACUUUGAUUUCCGUCGCGCAAAAGAAUGAGACGAAGAAACAGCAGACCGUUCCGUGUUACCAGACAAAGUUCACGCCAUUGAAGAAACAAUCUAAGCAAUCCAAAACUCUUUCUGAUAAUAUCAAGAAAUUUUUAGCUCGGAAGGAGGAAGAAGAGAAGCAGAAAGCUUUAGAAGAAAAAAGGAAAAAAGAGAAUCUUUUGGCCUUACGAGACCAGAAGACACAGAAUCGGAUAAAUAAACACUUAAAAGUGUGUAAAGCGGCGAACAAGUCGGUGAUUGAGGAUGCCAUUGAUAGUGAAAACACGGCUAUUACUAUUGCAGGUCCAUCUCAACCAGAUGAGGAUGAUUAUGGAUAUGAAUCUCAAACAGCAUCUGCAUUAUACAAUCAGUUUAUGAGCAAAUAUAACAGUUUACCUCCAGAGAAGCCCAUUUUUAGUAGCGAGAAAAGAACAGUGAAGGAUAUUGCAUCUACGAAGGACAGAGUAAAACAAGCUUUGAAACAACAAGAAUUAGAAGAAAAUAGCGGAUACAGGAAAAGAAAGAAAUCAUCUGCUUUGAAUACAAAAGAAACUGAAGUUGAUGAAAAAGUAGAAAAGACAAAAAAAAGCAAAGAAGAUAGCAAAGAAGAUAGCAAAGAAGAUUAUAACAAAAUCAAAGAGGACAAAGAUGAAAAACCUAAAGCAAAGAAAAAAUCACUACCACCGCUUAUGGGUUUCGCAGAACUUUUGAAACUUGCCGAGAUAAAACAGCAUGAACCUAUAAUUAUAGAAGUUAAGCCGAAAGCCGAGAAUGAACGGCCAAUGACAAAACGUCAGAAACUGGAGCACAUGCAAGAAAAAGAGAGGAAGGAACAACGCGAGAAGAAAGAUUUAGAGGCAAAUAAAAAACCGAGUGUUACAAGCACGUCCAGCAAACUCGAUAAAACGCAAUCAAACAAGGUUCUUAAAGCUAAUGAAAAAUCUGUGGUCUCAAAUUCAACGUCGAACAAAAAUAUUUCAAAAUGCGCAACGACUAUUUCUAAACAAAUUACUGACCAAUCCAGCAAUAAACCCAAUAAUAAACAUAAUAUUGAAAAAUCAAAUUCGAACAAGAACUCUUCUAAGAAUGAGAUAUUAGAAGAACGGAAAAAAUUAGAAGCUGAGAGAAAACAACUAGAAGAAAUGCGACGUGCUAUCGAAGAAGAAAAAAAGAAGUUGGCACAAAGUAGAAAUAAACUGGAAGACGUAAAAUCUCAAUCCUCUAAUAAAUUAAACACGGUUAAAUCUACAUAUAUAAAUAAGCAAAUAUUACCUAAAGAUAUUAAGUUGCAGGAAUUCCCACCUUCGGAUUUAAAGUUAAAAUCUUCGUUAACUAAUGCUAAAUCAAAACAAUUUCCACCACCUGUUAGACCCAUGAAAUCUAAGAUAAUUAAAAAGGCAUCGAAUAAAAGACGCAUUUAUGAUGAUGACGAAGAAGGCGAUUCAGAUUUGUGAUUCAUAGAUGAUGGAGCAGAAAAUAACGAGGAAGAUUAUAGUAAACAUAUUAGCGAGAUAUUUGGCUAUGAUAAGAGUAAAUAUAAAAACAUUGAUGAUGAAGAUGAUAUCGCUAUGGAAAGUAACUUUGCGGAACAAUUAAAGGAAGAAUAUAUAUCUUCAAAAAUAGGAUAUAUGGAAGCUUUGGAGGAUAUGCGUAUGGAAGCAAUAGAGAAAAAAGGAAAGCUAGUUUGAAGAAAACGACUCAAGAAAUAGUAUACAUUAUUUUGCCUUUGUAUAUAUUUAUAUGUGACAUUUUUUGCAUA